UUAGAAUGACAUUUCUUGAGUUGACUCGAUUUUGAGGACGGUAAAAAUAAAAGUUUGAAAAGAGAAGUGUUCCGCGAAAGUGAUAAAAAUCUUGUGUUAUUUAAUUUUCAGUAGUACAAUUAAUUUAUUUUAAGUUUUUGUUAGGUGUUUAUACAUGAAUAUUCGUUAUUGAAGUUGUAAUAUUUAUAAAUUACGACAUGAUUAUUGAGAACCCAGACGCUUUCAAAUCUUGGUUGACGUCCAUAUUGGAACCACUAUGUGACGCGGACCCAGCAGCGCUGGCGAAGUAUGUGUACGCGUUGGUGAAGAAGGACAAGUCCUUGGACGAGCUCAGGGAUGGGAUGUUGGAUCAAUUGGAUGUGUUCCUUCAGCAGGAGACGAAGCCGUUCGUAGAUAUGCUGUUUAAGUCUCUGGAGAGUCAGGAGUACUUGAAGCCGUCAGCGGAGUCCCGCGAGCCCCGCGAGCCGUCACCGCAGCCCGAGCAAACAGAACCCGACAAACAGCCUGAACAAGAAAACCAUGUGUCAACAGCCCCUACCACGGUUGUGGAGAAGCCGCCAAUGCGUCGCUCACCUCCUCAUAGAGUGGUGGUUCCUCGACUGAGACAACAUCCACAGCACGAGCAGACCCUCGUGAAGGUGCUACCGACGGAACUCCUAGAAGAGCCUGUAGAUGCACCUAGGCGGAGGGACAGGAGAAAUGAUUCUGCACGCGAUAAAGAAGACCGCCGUCGUCGUAGAUCUAGGUCGUGGGAGCGGAGAGCUAGACGAAGGUGCGCUAGACGCUCGUCCCGCUCUCCGUCGCCCCGCGGCCGUUACCGAAACAGAAGCCCGCCGACGCUCGAUCGCCACGGUUCUAGAUCACGAUCGAGAUCGCCGGUCCCGAUCAGGGACAGAGAGUUGGAGAGAGAGAGAGACAGAAUGAGACCGCUGAGGGAGAUGGACAGAGAUAGGAUGUCAAGGGAUAGAGAGCACAGGGACAGGAUCACCCGCUCCAGGGAUAGAGAACGGUCUAGGGAAAGGUCAAUAUCACCUCAUGAAACCAGGAUCGAGCAUGCUGAUGUGUUUAAGAGAAGGUGCAGAGACUUUGAUGUGAAGGGUUACUGUAUGCGUGGAGACCUCUGCGAGUGGGACCACGGCGCGGACCCUGUUGUGUUGGAAGACGCCGCCCUCACCAGGGUACUGGCUGGACCUCCCGCACUCGCUGAAUACAAUCCCGCCGCUCCGGACAUCUGGUCUGGCGGAGUGGUGGGCGCUUUCCCCCCUCCACCGCCGCCCCACCACCUCGCCCCCCGGGAACUGGUGCCCAUACCACGUGUUCGUCACGAGCCGCCAAUGGGAGCAGCUAUGCCCCCUCCACCAAGACAUCCCCCUCCACCCAAAAAGACCUUUGAAUACAACAGAUUAGGUCCGCCACGGCCGUUCCAGUCCAACGCGAACUGUUCAUUGGAAGUGAAGAAAGUACCUCGCGGCUUGAACGACAUAACACAUCUGAACAAUCACUUCUGUAAAUUCGGCAAAAUUGUUAACAUACAGGUCUGUUUUGAGGGGGAUCCAGAAGCGGCUCUUAUAACGUUCUCGAAUCCGACCGAGGCCAAUGUCGCGUACAAGAGUACGGAGGCUGUGCUGAAUAAUAGAUUCAUUAAAGUCUUUUGGCACAACCCUGAGAAUAAACAAGAGAAUACAGCACCACCGGGACAACAGGCGCACAAACAGACGGACAGACAGAAUUCACAUCCAAUGUCACACAACAAGGUGCUCAUCAACAAAGAAAACAUGAAAGCGACAGCUGACAACAAAACUGUUGAGAAGAAUACCAAAGAACAGUCUAACGGUAAUGAUGCCCCGGCACCUCGUCCGAAUCCUCGCCAACUAUCAGAGCAUCACCGACGCGCCCAGGAACUGCUCCAAUCACAGCUGAGGCAGCAGCGGUUGAUGAUUGAGAAGCUCGAGGCUGGAGGUUUAUCAGAUCAACAGAGGACAGCUCUCAUGGACGCUAUCAAGGCGUCCCAUGACGGUAUAGAGAAGCUGAGGGAACAACUUGUCGCUUACAACGGAAUGAGAGCACAGAUGCAGGAGGAUACAGUCGCCCGGUCCAUGGCGCGCCUACAGCUGCAGGCUAACGUCAAGAAACCGAAAACGGCCCAGGAGGCGCAGAAGGAGAUCCUGGACGCGGAGCUGGACAUCAUAACCAAACAACAGGAGGGCCAGGACGUGUCGGAGUUGUCGCAGCGCAUAGCGGCGCUGAGGAGGGCGGCGGCGGCCCUCGCGCCGAGGAGGACCAAUAGGGGGGGUCGCUUCAACCCGGCCAUGCGUUUCUCGCGGGCGUCGAAGGUGUUCAGCGUCAACCAGUCUGUGGACCAUCGGCCGCGGGCGCUGCUCGUGUCCGGCUUCGAGCCCGACGAGCUCGACGCCCUGCUGGCGCACUUCGCGCAAUUCGGCGAGAUCACUGGUAAGGAGGUGAACCUGUCCGUGCCGGAGCUGGUGGUGCAGUACCGGGCGAGGCAGCACGCCGAGCACGCCUUGCACGCCGCCAGGAACUACAGCGACAGAACGCUCUCGAUCACGUGGGUAACGAACAGCAAGCCCAUCGCAGCGCCCGCCCUCAACGGAGAUUCAUCUCACGAGAUAAAGGACGUCACGAGACCAGCUCGUCUGGACGAGGACGAAGAGGACGAAGAGCAUCGCUCGUGGAGACGCUGACGCUGAUACGGAACACGGAACCCACCCGCAGCGGACCGGACGCGGCGAACCGCCCGCCCGCCCUCAGCCGCCCUCACGCACACACCGGCCUUAAUAUAUUUAGUUACCGCCCGAUGUUUACACUACUGUAAACAAUAUAUUAAACCUUUUUAUCAUACUGUGUGGACGCCUUCAUGUUUGUGAGACAUACUACAUCCGAACGACUCUCGCUAACACCUGUAUUGACUAGGAUAUUGAGAAUAUAUUAUAUACGUAGGGUAGACAUAUAUUUAGUUUAGAGAACCGCUAGUGAUUUGAAAUUUAUACAGAUAUAGCAUUAGUGUAAGGUCAGACUACUAUUUGAAGCGUAUCAUGUAUUUUAUACCUCAAGAAAGCAAUAAUAUAUAUAGAGCGGGCGCGCGGCGUGGCGGGCUACACACUAACUGACGCUUCCAUAGUACUUAUAAACUUUAAGCGAAUGUAACGCGGCGAGCCAGGCGUUUUAGUACAAGCGAGUUUAUCGUAAGGUUAAAAGAUAUUGUAACUAAUUUAUACUGUGAGCCCGCGAGCUGUACGGAACACGCGGAUCAGAUCUGGGAGCGUACUGCGGUACGAUGUGUUUUUUUUUUUUGUAAAAUAUUUAUAUUGGCACGAUGAUGUCGCUCUUACUGUCAGUUUGACGGUUAGUUAGUUAGUUACUGAACUACGGAAGCGACGUUGGACUCGUCAACUAUGAGUGCCUAUGUUGCACGUCAGACUGACAGUAAUAAAGGACUCUUUUUUAUCGAGUUGUUACUUAGGGCGUGUCGGUUUAAGUUUGAUUUUUUUGUAUUGUUGAGUGUUCGUGUAGAUGUAUUUUAAAUAGAUUUAUACAUUGUAUGUAAUUAUGGAGCCCGCUGUCGCUGUGGUGGGGGUAUUGAAUUAUAAAUUAUAAAGCUGGUGACACACUGUUAAAUUGAUGGACGUUUUUAUAGUAAAGAUGUCAUCCCGUCUUUAAGAAUGGAUAUUGUUCGAGUAAUUUUUUUUUUUCAUUAUAAUUUUAUAUUGGAUUUAUAUAAGAGAUUAAUUUAAAACACUAAGUAACUUUUGAUAGAUUAUCACCACGUAUUCUCCCCCAUUAUAAAUCUGCAGUCGCCUCCAUAACCUUUUGCGUCGGCUUUGUUCGUUUUUUUCUUAUUAUAAUUCUUUUAAUAUAUAUGUAAAUUGUAAUUACUAGCUGUAGUCGCGUGUUACUGACUUAGGUGUAAUGAAAAAAAUAUAUAUAUAUGUGGCGAAAAAAAAAACCGAGGACCGCCAAAAGAAUAAAAUAUGGCGGAGAAAAUAUUUUUUGACGAAGUCAGUGCGUAUUUUUCAAAGGCGGUUGCUUGUUUAUACGAAUGUAACACAAGAAAAGAGAGGCUUGUGGUUUUGUUUUUUUUUUUUUUGUAAAAAAAAAAAUGGCUGUUGAAUAAAAAAAUAAUGCGACCGCCACAAUAAA